AUGCCUAUUGUCUUGAAUAUAUGGUCACCAAACAGUAAUAUGAUGAAAUCGGACUUGAAGAAUGUUCCAGUUUGGGUUAAAUUGCAUGACGUGCCAAUGGUAGCAUACACUGAUGAUGGGCUGAAUAUGUUAUUAUCUAAGGUUGGUAACCCUAAACAUAUAGAUUUGUACACCUCUACAAUGUGUAUAGAUGCAUGGGGAAGAAACAGCUAUGCCAGAGCUAUGGUUGAGCUGGAUGCGUCUCAUCCAUUGAAAGAAAAUAUAGUUUUAGCUAUCCCCAACCUGAUUGAUGAAGGAUACACAAAAAAUAAUAUUAGAGUUGAGUACGAAUGGUCACCUCCUAGGUGUUCUGGUUGCUGUGUAUUCGGUCAUUCUGAUACACAGUGUCCAUUGGUGGUGACAGAAGUGAAAAAAGCUGAUAAAAAAGUGGUUGAUGAUGGUUUCGAAUUGGUCAAGUCCAAGAAGAAAGCUAAACAAGGGUUUCCAAUUCCAAAACCUAAGCAAAAGGUUGUAUAUCGACCUGUUCCAAAUAAUAACGUGAAUGGUCAGACUGUAUUAAAUACUAAGAAUAAUAAAGGUGGUGAUAAACCGAGUACAAGUACUGUUCAAACCAGCAAUACUUUUGGAGUCCUCAGUGCCGAUGAUGAUCAAAUAGAUUCAUCAAAUGAAUUUGGGGAGAUGCAAUCAGGGAUUGAAUAG